AUGAAUUCCGAGAGGAGAAGAAUUUACAAUUACAAGUUCGUGGAGCCUCAGUUGACUGUUUUGAGAGGAUUGGGGGCAUGUAUAGUGUUUGGAAAGAAAGAUGAUUUCAAGACAUCCUAUGGAAACCUUUUGGGAGUACUGAACAUUGAAGUCAAUACCACUGCUGUGCAUACUCUGGUGCAAUUCUACGACCCUCCGUUGAGAUGCUUUACAUUCCAGGAUUACCCGUUGGCACCCACAUUGGAAGAUUAUUCACACAUUCUAGGUAUUAGGAUCAAGAACCAAGUGCCUUAUGUUCGCACUAAGGAACUCUCCAAAUACCAAGUCCUUGCUGAAGGCCUCCAUAUAGGGAAAAAGGAAGUUAAGUUGAACUUGAAACCUAAAGGUGGAAUUCAUGGCUUCACCUCAAAGUUUCUAGUAGAUAAAGCCAUUGCCUUCGCCGAAGCUGGGAGUUGGACGAUCUUCAACGCCAGUCUAGAUCUACUAAUCUAUGGGAUCAUACUGUUUCUGAACAUGGAAGAAUUCGUGGAUCUGGCUGCUAUUCAUAUCUUUCUAACUCAGAACCUUGUUCCCACUCUUCUCGCUGACACUUAUUACUCCAUCCAUGUGAGGACCCAUAAGAAGAAAGGAACCAUCGUCUGCUAUACUCCUUUGAUGUAUAAAUGGUUUAUUUCGCAUCUACCCAGCAAAGGUUCUUUCGUUCAAAACAAAGGCAAUUUGAAAUGGUCUCAGCGGAUCAUGUUAUUGAAUGUCAAAGACAUCUUCUAG